CACGCGAAACGACAAGCAGCUUGGAUCAUUUUGGCCUAUCUGACAUUCUGGAGUCCAUACAACGUCGUAGCAGUGCUGAACAUGACUCGGACACUUUCUGACGAUUACGUGUCUACCGCCACAUUGUCGUUCCUGAAUGCUGCAAUCUGUGCGAAUCCGAUCGUGAAUCCUUUGAUAUACGGUAUUCUAACAAAGUCCGGCAAGCAGUAA